AGCGUGCCGUGGUGUCAAGACAAUGUCACGCUGGCAUAGCACAACAAACAGAAAACCACAAGGAACCAAUCAAGUUCUGGUCAACUAACUCCUUCGCGCACCAAAUGCUCAUCAAACUAUAUAUUUGCCAUUUCUCACCUUUCCCUACUAGAAUUGGAAUCGAUAUCAAGAAGAUCUUGAUUGGUCAGUAGCCACCUUUAAAUAUCCUUCGUUCGACAGUACGGUUCAAUACUCGUACGUGGUUCAAUCUAGCUUCAAACGCUCCAAGAAUGGACAAAUGACCGGAAGUAAACGCAAACGAAGACCCACCGUAGGAAAUUCAAUCGACGACGAGGAUGUUUCUGCAGAAGCAGGCCAUAAAGCCGAAAAUGAGGAAAGCACAAGUAAGCUCAAGGCAGAUACGGAGCAAGGCGUAGAUCGCGAUGAAAGUGGCAUGAAGCCAGUAAAACUCGAACAAGUUUCUGAGGAGAAUGGAACACAAAAUGAAGAUUCUGAUAUCAAACCUGAGCAACCCUUGUGGAAGCGAAAAAAAAGAAAGAAAAAAGAGUUUUUGGUCGAUGAGGAAGAGGAGGCGAAACCGACGUAUACACGCAGAACAGAAAAGGGUGGAUACUCACACACAAAUUUGAGCAAAAGUCGCAUCUCAAAGGCUAAUAAGGGAAACAAGCCAUGGAACUUUGGAAAGCGACGAUCGAGCGCCGACAGAGCAAAGAUCGCGGCCGGUGUUCGGGCAAGAAAUCGAACAAUUUUACUACAAAAAUUGAAGCACUUGGGGAUGACCGAGGAAGAGUAUCUUAUCAAGAAAAAAGAAAUCAAAUAUCUUAGGGAGAGAGUCCGUCGAGCGAAGCUUGCUAAUGGAAAACACCUAGACAAAAAAAUUGAGCAGAAAUUACAGGAAGCAAUAGAUGCAACGAAUCUCAAGAACAUCGUUUUAAGCGACGAAAAUGGAACGAAUGCCAAGAACACCAACAAGACGGGACAAGAAACGAAGAGCGACAGUCAAAAUAGUGAGGUAAAAGAAGAAAGUGGAGAGGGAAAUAAAGAGAAAGAAAUUGGAGGCAUAUUUUCGAAAGAGAUUAUCUGGAGACCAUUCUCGUUUUCAGAAAAUAAUUCUUCCUACGAUCAAGCUUGUCCGGAAGGUGGGCCAGGGGGGCUCAUUUGCUGCUCAAGCUGCUCGAUAAAGUUCAACAAGCUGUUGACAAGAACUUCUGAAGAUAUCGAAACAUACAGAAUGAAUAAGGAAGCGGAGGAAGUCACAGAGACCCUUAAUUUUUUGAACGAGAAAAAAACUGUUUUGAAGGAAGCGGUCAAUUCUGCCAAAAUGAAAGUACCGCCUUUGCCACCUCCAGGAUCGGGAAGACUGGGUUUGCGCCAAGAUGCUGCAUCGAGUUCAAGAAUGAACAAUGGCAAUCGACGCACGAACAUUAAGUUUGAGAAUCCUGAAAGCCAUGGAGGAUGGAAUUUGACGAGCUCGAUCGAUCUUGGUUUUACAGGCGGCUUCGCAAGUGUUUAGUUUAGUUUUUGAAUAUGAUUGAAAAGGUAUCUAUGGUUGUUUCUCAGUGACGAGAAACUUUUUCAUGCUAUAUUCCACGAUGCAAUAUAUUUUACACCGGCACGUUGACUUGUAUACUGCCUAAAUCAAAGAAUUUUGAAGAAGUAAAUCACUAUUGAUUGU